CUGUCUGUUGGCUCCGUGGGUGUGUCUUUAAUCACCACUUGUUCUUAAUUACCAAUCACAGUUUUUUUUUGUCGUGUGGCCCUUCUACGGAGUCGCAGUGGACUUUUAAGCAUAUCUUUCAAAGACAACAUCUUUGAUCGUCGCAGCCAGCCAGACCAGACACGAAAACACCGGCGAGAAGGAGCUAGAAUGGACUGCACACUUUGGAGGCUCAUUCGUCACCUGCCGUGCGUCAUGGAGCCCAACAGCAAAAGUUUUCAGCCCUGGAGGGACUACAUGGGCCUGUCUGAUACAAUGCGAGAGAUCCUGGGCCCGAACGCCGCCGGUGAGUCUCCUCUCCAAGCGUCCAAAGCCCAUCAAUCUGAGUCUGGUGACCUGAGACAGCUUUUGGCGUCUAUGCGCAUUAACGCAGUUAGCCAAAGUGAGCCGGGGACAGGCGGUGCGCCAGAUCUCCCCAGUGUGCGCGCGCAGCCAUGUUCAUUGGCUCAACUGCGCCCAGGUGACGAGAUGCGAUGCGCACCAGGUCCAUUUGGUGCUGGUAAACCAAACGCAAUGAGUUUAAUGCCUGCGCCAAACCCGAAAGCCUCCUUGGGGCCAAAAGAGCGCAAGAAGAAGAAUCGUUUCAAAACAGCCGAGCCGGCUACGUGUCCUCCUCCUCCUCCUCUUCCAAAGCACAUGUUCUGCAGUUUCUGCAAGCACAACGGGGAGUCUACGCUGGUGUAUGAAUCCCACUGGCUGAAGAACCAGGCAGGAGAUGUUAUGUGUCCCUAUCUGCGGCGGUAUGUGUGUCCUCUGUGCGGGGCCACAGGGGCCAAUGCUCACACCAAGCGCUUCUGCCCUAAGGUGGACUGGGCGUACAGCUCCGUGUAUUCCCAGUCCAGACGCUGAGCCGGGUGGCAAGCAGCCAAAAUACAUCGCACUCUUUUAUUUCGUGUGGUUUUGUUUAGUGUGUUUUUGACUGCGUGUGUUUGGUUUGCUUUUAGUUUGCAUGUUUUUGCAUGUUUUAUAUAAAGAUUUUAUUUAAAGCAGAUUGUAACGUUUCCAAAGCUGGCCUUCUUUUCAGCGUAACCUACUUUAACAGCGCCAUUUUGGCGACUGACUUUUGUACAGUACUUCAAGAACGACUACCAGAUACUGUUUGGGAGGAGAAAAAAGUUUGAAAAGAGAAAUGUAGGUUUGUUAUGCUUUUAAUACACGGCAGAGUGAUGUCCACUUUCAUAUUUUCCUGUCCAUGCACUGAAGGACUAUAGCACAUCAAACACUUUGUGACAUACAGUCAUCAGUUGAAAAACAAAACAAAAAAAAGAACUACAGCAUGUAAACAUCAUGUGUCCAUGUCAGCAUUUUAAAUUUUUAAAUAAGAGUGACUUCUUGUUCAGAGGUGUGCAAAUAAAUACCUGUUUCUGUGGCA